CUAAGUGCAUGAGCCAUCUGUAAGUGUAUUCAUCCAGUAUGCAUUUGUGUACAAGAGAAGUCUCUCCAUUGACUCCAGGGGUUUUUGCUGAGCAUCUGGAGUUGUUACUGAGUUGUGCAAUAUUCAUAUUGCACUGGUGCUACUGCAGCAUCCAUAUACUGCAUGAGUCUUCACCAUUCUACAACUAUACGGGCUGCAUUGAAAUUAUUGAAAUUAAUAAGAUGAACAGAUUCCACGUUUCCAGGGCUAUUGGUGGGAGCAAUGUGAACAACUGCAGCCCUCUCCACUCAAGCCCUUUUAUAGUGGGUCAGCCAACAGUGACCCCACCAGCACUCACCACCAGCUGGGCAUCACUCACGAUGGCGCCCACUCCAGCACCGACAAGGCCAGCGUUAGCCUGUGAUCACACACCAUGCCGUAAUGGCGGAACCUGCCAGCCACUGUGGUUGGCUAGUGGUGCUGCAUCUUUCCUCUGUGACUGCCCCCUACAUUUCAGCGGACACCUCUGUGAACAAGACACAACCGUCUUUUUCCCAUCUUUCAAUGGAAAUUCAUACCUGGAGCUUCCCUCACUUACUUCCAUCCUGCAAUCCGGUGGCGAUGCCCAAAGUCCAUCUUCCCAGGAUGGAGAGGACACAGUGACACUAUAUUUGACCCUGAAGACUGGGUCAUCCCAUGGUACCAUCUUGUACAGAAGGGAGGUGGACUACAUUCCGUCCAUGAAAGAGUAUCAGCACCGCAUUGAAUUAACUGGAUCUUAA